ACUGCCGGAAAAGGUGAGAGCGAAACUCCGAGAAACAAUCACACAAAACCGGAGACUGCGACCGUUUUGUGCUCGAUUUUUAAGACUUCACAACUCCGUCGAGGGACAGUCGGUGAACAAGGCACGACAACAAUUAAUCGUGACCGAUCCUAGUUUCUCUUAUUCCGCUCAAGAAUAUUGGUUAGAGAGCCGUUUGGGUUAGCUUGUCAGCUAGUUGCUCGCUGGAAGCUGUCCAGCAAAGCUAGCGACAUGUUUUUGUACUAGUGAGGAUUUAACAUUGUAAAUUUAUUUGUCGAGAGCCAGUAGUAAUGGAAUUUAAAAUAGACUGAAACGGGGAAUUAACUGACCGUUUUCAUUGUUGUGUUUACAGAGGAGCCAGUAAUUUGCAAAUGGACAAGUAAGCUGGUUAGUUACGCAGCUAGCAUGGUAACGGUCUAGCGAGGUUAGUUUUUCGUUACUUGACACGCAGACGUAUUCUAGGUUAACUAAUAUAUAUAUAUAUAUAUAUAUAUAUAUAUAUAUAUAGUUAGUUCAGUGAUUUAGCCUGCUUAGCUACAUUGCAGUUGCUAACUGGUUGCAUUAUUUAAACAUCCCUUCGGUUUAUUGAAACAGGUGGCCAGCUCUAGGUUUCAUUUUGUGACCUUAAUUCUAAAGCUUGGUGCAAAAGGGAGCACACUAACAACAGUGUCCUGCCCAGAACUUCUGUAGGUGAGACCAAACUCACGAUUGGAACGGUGCCCGCCGUACGUUUCCACUAUGCCGCUGUUGUUUUUGGAGAGAUUCCCUUGGCCCAGCUUGCAGACCUACACGGCGCUCAGCACGGUCUUGCUGGCUGGGACAAUCCUAAGUGCCUACACAACUGUAUCGGAAACUGAGUCGUCGGGGACAGGAGAAGCUCAGAGCAACUCUGGCGAUGACAUAAAACUGGAGCAAAGCGAUGGCUUUGGAAAUGUGGCCACCACUGUGCUGUUGCAUAUGGCCUCGGACAGCUUGUUUGUUUGGGUGAUGGUGAAUACAGCGUGUUGCGGUCUCAUGUUGGUUGCCAAGGUGAUCCAGUGCAUUGUUUUUGGCCCUUUGCGGGUUAGCGAGAAACAGCAUUUGAAGGACAAAUUCUGGAACUUCAUCUUCUAUAAAUUCAUCUUUAUCUUUGGGGUGCUGAAUGUGCAGACAGUGGAGGAGGUAGUACUGUGGUGUUUGUGGUUCGCUGUACUCAUCUUCCUCCAUCUCAUGGUUCAACUAUGUAAAGAUCGUUUUGAAUAUCUGUCAUUCUCCCCAACCACUCCCAUGGGCAGUCACGUGCGAGUGCUAGCUCUGCUAGUGUCCAUGCUCAUGUGCUGUGGAGGCCUGGCUGCUCUCUGUGGCCUGGUUGGACAUCUCCAUGGCAUGCAUACUGUUGCCUUUAUGGUGGCUGAGUGUUUACUCAUUACAGUGCGCACUGGGCAUGUUAUUAUAAGGUACUCAAUUCACUUGUGGGACCUUAAUCAUGAAGGUACAUGGGAGAGCAAAGGCUCCUAUAUCUACUACACUGAUUUUAUUAUGGAGCUUACCCUUCUCUGCCUUGACCUGAUGCAUCACAUCCACAUGCUGCUCUUUGGGAAUAUCUGGCUGUCUAUGGCCAGUCUUGUGAUCUUCAUGCAGCUGCGCUACCUCUUCCAUGAGGUGCAGAGGAGGAUCCGCCGCCACAAAAAUUACCUGCGCGUCAUCGACAACAUGGAGUCCAGGUUUGCAGUGGCGACCCCAGAUGAGCUCAUGGCUAAUAAUGAUGACUGUGCGAUCUGCUGGGAUUCAAUGACGUCAGCACGGAAGCUGCCCUGUGGACACCUCUUCCACAAUUCAUGUCUGCGCUCAUGGUUGGAGCAAGACACGUCCUGCCCGACCUGCCGCAUGUCGCUAAACAUAAAUGAGGGCGAGCAUGAGAGGGAGCCUGGCCAGCGAGUGCCAGCAGACGAUACCCUGGCUGCAGGGCCCGGGGCUGACACCAGACCUCACCUCAACCAGCAUAACCACUUCUUUCACUUUGAUGGCUCCCGCAUUGCUAGCUGGCUCCCAAGCUUCUCUGUGGAGGUAAUGCAUACAACCAACCUCCUGAGUAUUGGACAGGCCAACAACUCUCAGCUCAAUUCCAUGGCCCAUCAGAUCCAGGAGAUGUUCCCCCAGGUUCCUUACCACCUUGUCCUUCAGGACCUGCAACUCACUCGCUCUGUGGAGGUCACCACUGACAACAUCCUGGAAGGCAGGAUCCAGGUGCCCUUCCCUGCUCAGCCUGCAGAGCGUACACCUAUCCAGGUGAACCCAGAGCUGGAGGAGCCCGCAGGGGCCAGUGGUGGCACAGAAGCGCCGUCUGCAGGGACGGAGGACUUUGAGGUGCGGGGCAGCCGCUUCUCUAAGUCUGCAGAGGAGAGGCAGCGAAUGCUGCUGCAGAGGAAAGAGGAACUCCUACAGAGAGCACGCAGGCGCUAUCUGAACAAAAGCCCUGGGGAAGGAGCUACUGCUUCCUUAGCAUAUGCCCCCGAGUGUGAUGAGGCCGUGACCCCGGCGGAGGAUGAAGGCCCCAGCUCAGACGCCAUGACCACGCGUCGCCGGAUGCUUGCAGCCGCAGCGGAAAGGCGCAUGCAGAGGCAGCCAGACCCACCUAUCUGAGGCGGGACGGCCUGCUUGCUCCUGGCCGACCUCACCUCCUCUUGAUCUCCUUCUGGCUGUUUGUGAUGAUUUGGGGGGAAGGUACCUCCUAGUCACUCAUCUAAAGUAAAGCAAAAAAUGUGCAUGACACUAACGUGUGCCAUGAUACAGCUGUCCCCAACAGGUAGCUCCAGCAGCCCAGCUGUGUCUCAAACCAGUCUCAGUGUCUGCUCAGUUUUAACCCGUAAGCAUCUCACAGUGUUCAUAUGUGAAAAACAGCUUGGCUGUGCUCUGCGGGAAAUUCUAUGCAUGUGUCACUUUUACCUUUCAAAACGAGUUUAGAGUCUGUAUAAAGAGUGUUGGGCUGCCUGCAGCAGUUCAUGAAAGUCCUGUCGAUCCUUAUGACAGAAUUAUGAAACUGAAUCCUGUGGUUCUUUUAGUCCUGUUGGUAUCUAAAAUGGACUAUUGGAAAAGACGCUACUAACAAGCAACCAUCAUUUAUCGCCUGUUCAGCAGCAGAAAAAUGCAAGCAUUACUUUUUGUUAAUUUUAGUUUGGGAAUGUUGCAUUUAGGUCUUAUGUAGAGGCUAUUGUGUUCUGUAAAAAUGUGUGUCUUUAGAAUCAAAGGUUUAUGAAUUCAAUUGUUAAUGCUUGGUUAAGCUGGAGCAAUGGCCAGAUAUGCUUUAAGUUAUCACUUGGGAGUGUCUGCUACAGGUAAAUUUGUGUGUGGGUGAGUUUUAUGAUUCGGUCAAUCUCAUGAACUGUUUUUGCGGCAUAAUUUGUUCCUAAAAUUAUUUUCACUUCAUGGUGCCUCCCAGCAGUGUUGAACUGAAGUUUAGGUGAUUUUUUUUUAAAUGCAAAGACUUCUUUCAUUUGAGUUCCUGUCUUCUGUUCAGUCCACAUUUGUGAUCUAGAGAAGUUUGCAAACUGGCAGUCAGCCGGUAACUUCACCCUGCCUUGCUUAGCAUCUCAAUAGAGAAGUGUGCAAACAAAACUGAGAGGAAGUAAUUUUCUCCCUUGACAUGUUACUUUAUCUAAUAACUUCUCAUCAGUGUUCAGCUUUCUUAUUUGCAUUUGGUUGGUGUUUAUCAAUGAUUUCUAAUACUGUAGGUGUUACGGUGGAAUGUUACUAGGCCCCCCAUGUUUAGUCUCUGUUUUGUUGUAUGUUUUAAAGAGGAAGUAAAAUGAGAAGUGUGCAGUUGUGUUGGAAAAGCAUUUAUUUGCAUUCUACAUAGGGUGUUGAAAAACAUCGAGUAAGGGGGAAAAUUUUAGUCUGUAUUUAAUUUUGGAUUCUAGGUUCUGUGUAUAGAUGGUUUGGGAGAUUUAUAAUUUAACAUGAAUGCCACAGAAAUACAUUUUUCUUGCUUGUUUGCUCAAAGCCUUUCUUUAAAUUAUUUUAACUAAUGAACUUAAGCAAUAUAAAAUCUUUAAUUACAUUCAGCGGAAGGUUUACUCCAGGGUUAUUUUGCAUGCAAGCAUUUACAACGUGGGGAAGUUUGCAGUGUAAAUGAAUUUUCUGAGUGCAGCUCAAUGAAGAACCAUGUCCACCCCUGUGUGCAUAACAGUAAAUGACUCUUUUUAGUGGUCUGAUCAGAAAAGGGUGGUAUUCUGCCAGUAGAGAAGAUGCAACACGCCAUUAACCUUUUACGCUUAAUGUGAAAUGCUGACUGGCUCCAUGGAUCAUUGAUUUUGGCCUCAAAAAAUGGAGGUCUUAGGACUUGUCUAUGUAGUGAUAUGUUGUUACUACCAUUUUACACUGUGAACUUUAUUUUAUGAAAUGUUUCCUGUUUAACAGCUUCUGUUUUAGGCUUUAUUUUUUCAUGCUGCCUCUACCUGUGCAUGAGUUAACUGUUUGUGAUGUCUCUUCUACAUUUCCUGAGUAUUCCCAAAGAUUGUGCUGAAGGUAUUUAUUAUUUACCUGAGGCUGGAGAUUGUCAUAAGUGUUUCUAGACAGUGAUGAUCUUUUGCAGACCCUGAGUUAGUUCAGGAGCUCUAUGCUGUGGUGGCACAGCUGCACCUAUUGAACAGUGUUUCUGUAACUGAGAAAAGUGUACCUAUCCGCUAAGCUGAUGCAAAUGAUUCACUUCACCAUAGUUCGCAAACACAUGACUCACUUCUAGCCAACUGCUCUAAAUUUGAAUGAAGUAUCUGAUUUUUCUACAUAAUUUUUCAUUUGUGCCUAAAUUAAAAAUGAGGCAAGGAUUGUUUGAAUUGUAAAUAAUUUUGUAAUGAAAACUGUAUAGUGAAUGUGAAAUGACCCUGUACAAAAUAAACUUCAGAGCUACUAUAGAGGCUUUUAAGGAAAGUCCCUGGUACUGCGUCACUGUCAAAACAGUUUAUCAUUCUGUUUGUCCUUCACAUGGCUCUUCAUGCAUGAAGAACUAUUUAUAAUCUAGUUAUGGGCCUACCUGAACCAUGUGCAGAUCAAAAUAAAUAAGUUCCUGGAUGAAA